GCGACCGAAAACAUGGCGGCCAGCGCAAAAGCGGGCUCUUCGAAGCAAACAUUAAAGGACCAAGCGGACGACGAACUCGUCGAAUUGUUGGACGACAACGCCGAAGUGGAACACGAUGACAGUGUCAUGCGUACGGCAACGUUUAAAGCGAAGACGAUCCAGGAGCUGAUGAAGAUGAACUUUGAAGAUGACAAGAUAAGGAUUAGUGCCGAUGCAGUGAAGCUGAUUGCAGAACUCUUCCGGGUGCUUACAAUGGAAGCAGUACACAGAGCCACCGAGCAAGCAAAGGUUCAGUGCGACACAGUUGUCACAACGGAGCACCUGGAGAAAAUUCUGCCACAAUUGGUGCUGGACUUUCCUUGAAAAUCCCGCCAACUCGCAUCUGCUCUCCUUUGGCCUGGCCACCUGUAGUGUUGAUAUAUGGCUUAUGUCUUCAUUGCAACUUCUGCAUUUAUUUAUUAUUAUUUUUUAUAAAAGCCAACAUUAUCGUUUGCAGAAAGGGUCAUUUUCAUAGCCUGAACUCUGGAAUUAAAGUCAAUUUAUUACUGAC